GUCUGCCCCGAGUGCGGGAAGAGCUUCCGGCAGAAGCCCAACCUCAUCACCCACCGCAGGAUCCACACGGGCGAGCGCCCCUUCACUUGCUUCCUCUGCGGCCGCAGCUUCAACCAGAAAACCAACCUGGUGACCCACUACCGCGUGCACACCGGGGAGCGCCCCUUCGCCUGCACCCAGUGCGGCAAGCGCUUCACCCAGAAGACCAACCUGGUGACGCACCAGAGCACCCACACGGACCUGCGGCCCUAC